AUGCCCGGCCCUUUCUGUCACGACAUCUCAAACGCCCAGCGAUGGCAUGCCACUGAGUGCAGCAGCUACCGCCUUGGCAAACAACUGGUAAACAUUUGUAACGAAGAGAAGAUGCUGGAACAAUGGCAGCGUUAUGCAAAGAGGAACUCCUUGAGUACAGGCGACCCAGAAAACUCUGGAUUCAGUAAUAUGCAACUACAAAAUCAGCAUAAUGUUGGAAGGCGGAAGGGCCGGAACAGCCGCCUCAAAGCCGGGAAAGGUCUGAACCAGCCGAUAUCGAAAAUCAUCAAACUCCGAAUAACGUUUUCGAAUGUUCAUAAAGCUUCCCUAUUCGCGGGGUCGGUCAGUCAGUUCAUUGUUAAUGUCCAGCCCAACAAGCCACCAUCGAGCCGCCCAAUCACUCACAUUGAGAGUUUCGACACGUAUGUUCCACACUACGAAUGCCCCGAUAUUUGUCGCGCUGCCAUUGACUACGGUAUGAUUGGCGAUCUCAACACUUUUGGCCCAACAAGCACUGUUACGGUCAUCGAGGUCGCUCGCUUCAUUGUCACGAAGUGUAAUGGCGCCAGCUGGAAGAAACGAUUCGGUCGACAUGUUCGAAAUCGUCCGUUGAUGUCCACCGCCCAAUACGGCGGGGAGGUCACUGGUGACAGUGGAGACGACGUAGAGAGAUGCCGUGGGUUGUUGUCAUUGUCAAGAGAUGUGCGCGGUGUCUCGAAUGCUUCGGUGGAAAUGGUCUGUGUCUCAACGUUGCCCGGAAGUGAAGCGCGGGAGCCCAAGUUUCCACCACCGGGCGCUUGGUCUAUUGCAGUCGCCAUCCAACCAUACGAUAACUGA